AUGAGCUGUGUUGUACCCAUGAGAAGGAUUCUGAAUGACAAAGGCUUCAGCGAGAAUGUGAAUUCCAGCUCUUUGACAGAGGACAUUUCACAUCAAGACCACAAGCAGCAGAUCAACAAGGAGCCACUCUCAUUCCUUCUUCCUCUUCCUCAUCUUAACUCAUCUUUACCUUCACCAGUCUCCCCUCCAUCAGAUCAGGCCUAUCUGCAGGCAUCAACCAUUUUCCAGCAGCUGCGUGAGGAGAAGCCAGUCACACUUCUGCAUUAUGGGAAGAAAACGGACACACCACUACCCAAGAGCGGAGACAAAACCGCACAGAGACAGGCCUACCAACUCGCCUUCAACACACUCAAAUACCAAGAUUUACUCGAGGACAUCAUCACUGACAGCUGCUUCCACACCUCUCAGCAUAUUUCCGCUGACUUGUUGCCGCUGGCGAUGGUGAUGCUGUUUGACCUCCAGGACCGAAGGUUUAUGUUGCGUGAACGUUCAAUAAAGGAAGGAGAGGAGCCUGUACGCGAAGUCAGGGACCUGGAGAGUAGUCUGCACAGGUGUAAGACAAAACUGGCAGCAUCUCUAGCUCGCUGCAGAGUGAAACAGAAUCUGCAGAGUGUCUCCUGUUUUCUGUCCGAUCCUGUCAGGACCAAACAGCACAGAGCAAAACGUCUGCCACUUUACGCAUGGGUCAAUACACUCAAGACCAGUGUUGAAGAGGUGUGUGAAGCAUUGCAAAGCGCUGGCUUGUGUGAAGUGAAGAGCACGACUGACCUCAAGGACUCGACGUUCUGCCGGGACUCUCUCUGUCCAGACACACUCGUCUUCCCCCAGCAGCUUCAUGCUCUGCUCCAGCACAGCAGCCUCACCACCACACAUGUACUGAACAUACAGGACAGGAGUGUGUGUGUGGCAGUAAGUGUGUUGCGCCCCCUGCUGUUUGAUAACGGUGACGUCCUGGUGGUGGGGUCUUUCUCAGCCGUGACUGUGGCUCACAUAGCUGUGGUGGCCUCUGCCCGCUCAGGCAGGGUGUUGGUGUGUGGUGCUGAUCACACAUCUUUACAGGUGGAAGAGAUUCGGGACCUACUCACAAACAUGGAUAUCAAGAAUGUGAAAGUCCUGUCAGAAGCGUUCUGCAGUCUGAAUGAGUGGGACGCUACCAUCCAUCGUUUAAAGGUCAUCAUAGUGCUGCCGCAGUGCUCGUCCUCUGCCCUCAAUGACCCCGUGCCCACCAUCCACAGUGAACAUGGAGACUGGGAUCUAUUACCAGACUUGUCUCACGGUUCUGUAUCCCAGCGCAAAAUACACACAAUGGCCACCCGGCAGACACGGCUGUUAGCCCACGCACUGACCUUCCCAAAGGUUCAGACAGUGGUCUACUGCACACGCUCAGUGUAUCCUGAGGAAAAUGAACAGCUGGUGAAAAGAGUGUUAGAAAAAACACACACUCACCCCAAACUGCUGCCCUUCAGGGUGAACGGUCCAAUUUUCCCGGUUGACUCCCAGUCAGGAGACGCAACAGAUUCCAAGUUCUUCAGACUCGAGCCAUCUCAGUUCACCAACGGCUGCUUUAUAGCCAGACUGUCCCGACAGGCGGAUCCCACUAAGGUAGAAACGGUCCAGGAUGUGCUGGCAAGGGCUGCAGCAAAGGGCCUCCUGGGUGGAAUAAUUCCUGAACAAUCAAAAACCGGCAAAAAGGGGAAAAGCAGGAAGAAUCGUGCAGCUUCAGCCUCCAGCAAACCCUCGUCAUCCUCCAGCCCUGAGAGGCAGACAGGAAGGGAGCUUGUAAAUGGACGAGAUCCAGGCGUACCCUCAGAACAUGAAGAGGAGAAAGGUGAGGGAGACUUAAAGGGUAGCGAGGAGGAAGCGGAGUACAAAAAGAGGGAAGAUGAGGUAGGGGAGGAAGAAAAGAAGAGGAGGGGUUACAAAGGGCGCAAGCGAAAGCUGAGACGACGACCAAAACAAACCAGCAGGGCUCCCGCCGUCUCCAAGCAUCACCCUAAAAGCAACAAGAAGAAACCAACGAAGAGAACAGUCAACCAAUCACAUCACAAGAGGCGUCUGACAAAAAGUAAACAAAGACGAAUACCUCGUCUGACACUGACUCUGAUGUCCUCUGCAAAACCACCCCACCACUUGUCUCCAAUCACAGCCCUUGCACACAAGCUAAGUGACAAUCCAGUGAUUAACUCACAACAGGCUGUCUUUAGUGCCCCUUCCUCUGCUGGAAAACAUCCCUCACCUGCCCGUCCUGCUCCACCUACUCUCCCCGCAGCCUCCAAACAGGUGCAGACACAAAACACACAGCCUGAAAGAGCAGAGAAAACACAGAAGGAUGUAACUAAACCAGCAAGCCCGUUUAAGGCCAGAGGAAAGGUGGUAAGACCAGAGGAAGUGUUGAAGGUUGCAGAUUAUGUCCUUCCACCCAUUUCCUCCCUGUCCUCCAGUUCUCUGCGCACCAGGAGUGGCGGUUCUCUCUCUCAGCCUCUGUCCAGGAGCUCCCACUCUCAGCAUGCCAACAUGUCUGCGUCCUCAUCCUCAGUCUCCCUGCCUGGGUUAUAG